CGGUCACAACAAGAGGAGGAAGAGGCAGAAAGACCAGGGUUGUUGCGUCGUCUUCGACUGCAGCCUUGCGUGACAACACCAACCCGGAUUCGUGUUUCUGGUAAAUACUAAAUAAACCUGCAAUCAUGGGUGAAUUCCUGAAAUACAUCGACUACGAUCACAAGACCAGUUUCCUGAAGAUGUUGAACCAGCAGAGGAUGGAAGGGGACCACUGUGACGUUGUGGUUGUGGUGGAAAACGUUGAGUUCAGAGCUCACCGCUGUGUCCUGGCCGCCUGCAGCAUCUACUUCAAGAAGCUGUUUAAGAAACAGAACGAUGUGGACAACUCCAUCGUGGAGCUCGACUUCAUCCGUUCAGACAUCUUCGAGGAGGUCCUCAAUUACAUGUACACCGCCAGGCUCGCCGUCCGCAAAAAGGACAUCAACCUCAUGAUGUCAUCCGGACAGGUCCUGGGGAUCACGUUCCUCGACAACCUGUGUUCACAGAAACGUGAGCCCAACAUGAAGCUGAGUCGUGAGAACCAGGCGCCAGGGGACGGUAUGAGAGCCCAGGACGCAAUACUCAAAGAGCUGGCAAUGGAGGAGGUGAGGAAGAACAGCUUCUACGAUGGAGGGAUGGAGGCCAUGGGCUCUGGAGGGCCUCACGGGGUCCCUCCUCACUUCGGCGGGAACAUGUCUAAAGACCCCCACAGCGCCCACGGCUGGACCUCCUCUUCCUCCUCCUCCAGCGAUAUGAAGCUUGACUACCUGCUGUACGGCCACCGCUCUGACGGCAUCCACCCGGGAAUGAAACCAGGCGGAGAAGGCCCCAAGAAGGACAAGUCCCACCUGGCCCACCGUCCGUUCGCUUGCGAGGUGUGCCCCAAAACCUUUACCACCCAGGCCCACCUCAAAGAGCACCUGAAGAUCCACACGGGCUUUAAACCGCACCGCUGCCUGGUCUGUGGCAAGGCGUUCAUACGAGGGCCCGACUUAAAGCGGCACGAGAGGGUCCACAGCAACGAGAGACCCUUCGGAUGCCAGAUGUGUGAAAAGGCCUUCAAGCACAAGUCCCACCUGCGAGACCACGAGCGGCAGCACCGAGGGGAGAGGCCCUUCAACUGCGGCUCCUGUGAAAAGGCGUUCAUCAAAGCAUCGGACCUGAAGCGCCACUGGAACACGAUGCACAGCCAGCGCAGAACGCUGUCCCCCGCAGCCGCCGCCCCGGGCAGCAUCCAGGGAGACGCCGACACGCAGAGCCAGAGGGACUGGAAGCUAGAGGCUGGGCCACAUUCGUAAGGACGGACUGUUACACAGACACACACACACACACACACCAUGCGUAUAUAGUGACAGACACACACACAAGCAUACAUAAAUACAUGAAUACAGGCCCUGUGAUAUGUACUGAGGUGUAACAAUGAGAAGAUGGUGGGACCAUACCGUGUCCAUUACUGUAAUGACAUCAUGGGCCUGUAGUAAAUAUGAUCCUAUUGAAUUGUAUUUUAUUGAAUUGUUUAGGUUUUAUUCAUGUAGAAAAAAAUAAUAAUGUUUAGGCUACUAUCUACUACGACGACCAUUAAUGUAUAUUUUUCACAUUUAAAAAAAAAAAAACAUUUGUUGCUAUUUAGACAGACAGGGUUCUUCUUAUUAUAACUUUAUUUAUUUUACUUUAUUGAAUAUCAGUAACAUUUAAGUGUUUUUUUUGUUUAACCUUACUGUAUUUUAAGACAACAACAAUUCUCUGCAUAACAUUUUGUUGUGUAUAUCUUUUUACAUGUGGAUCUUAAAUGGUUGUUUUUAUUGUAAUGAUUAUUGGUUGAUAUUACACUGUAGGAGUCACCAUUCUGCUUUUGAUACAUACAGGUUAUACCAAAGGGCCUUCGAUAGACAGCCGGGUAACAGGUUAAUACCAUGUCGGUUCUGGAAAUAAACCAACAUUCCAAGUCAAAUUUUCCAUCAUUUGUGGAAAAUACAAAUGGUGGAAAAUUGGGAAUUAUUGGAAUUUUCAGUUUGCUUGCGGAAUUGGAAAUGAUUUUACCCCUAACCUUUGACAAGCAGUCUGAAGGGGGCUGUUCAUUGUCUGUUCAGCCCAAGCAGCAUGAGUCUGACCAGAUUUACUGUUAUACAGUAUCACUAGCCUGUCAUCAGAGAGAGAUACCACAUCUGUAUCAGUAGCCUGUCAGAGAGAUACCACAUCUGUAUCAGUAGCCUGUCAGAGAGAGAUACCACAUCUGUAUCAGUAGCCUGUCAGAGAGAGAUACCACAUCUGUAUCAAUAGCCUGUCAGAGAGAGAUACCACAUCUAUAUCAGUAGCCUGUAAUCAGAGAGAGAUACCACAUCUAUAUCAGUAGCCUGUCAUCAGAGAGAGAUACCACAUCUAUAUCAGUAGCCUGUCAUCAGAGAGAGAUACCACAUCUGUAGCAGUAGCCUGUCAGAGAGAGAUCGAUACACCACGUCUGUAUAUACUGUAGCUUGACUAGUUGCACAAUUAAAAUAUUUAGGACACACAAUUAUGAUAUAUGCACAUAUAAACGUUGUUCUCUUACACUUACACAUUUGAUGAAUGGAUUUUUUUGGGGGGGGGGCAUUGUUAUGAUCUGAUUUAUUUUGUUUGUAAAUGUAUUUUCAUGAGGGCGUUACUUAGUAUAUGGUAAUAGUUAUGACUGUAACCCAGAAUUCAGUAACAAUGUAUAUUUAUGUCAAUACACGUACAUUCUAUAGCAGUUA